CGAUACAGUAUUAAGAAGAGCGUUAUUAAGCGACAACACUUUAUUUUUCUGUGUAUCCGAUCAUAAUGUUUUGAAAGAAGCUCUUCGUUUAAAUUUUUAUAAAUCGAGAUUUUAGUAAUAAAUAAAUUCUGAAAUGUUUCGCCUUUUUGCGGUAGUGACGAUGCUCUUUAUGACGACUGACGCGCAAUUGCACAGGAUUCCAUUGUACAAGAUGCAUUCCGUUCGACAAUGUUUGAAAAAAGUUGACACCAACUUGCGAAAAGUUUGUCCUUUAAAAGAUAAUUUUCCUUCAGAAAAUUUGACGAAUUUCAAAAACGUAGCUUACUAUGGCUCUAUUAAAAUUGGAACUCCACCGCAAGAAUUUAGAGUUAUAUUUGAUACUGGUUCCGCAAUGUUUUGGGUAUUCUCCAAAUACUGCCUAAUCCCUGCAUGUUUAAAUCAUAAUAAAUAUGACAAUACAAAAUCUGAGACAUACAAAAAUAUAAGAAAUAAUAGUGAGUAUUUGGAAAUAUCAUAUAGCUGUGUUGAUGUAUUAGGAUUCUUAGCAAUUGAUACAGUGAAUAUUGUGAACCUCGAUGUAAAAAAUCAAAUAUUUGUAGAAGUAGUAUGUGUAUCAAACGAAAAUGUAUUUUCCGAACCAACAAUUGAUGGUCUCUUAGGUCUGAGUUAUUCCAAUAUAUCUGAGGAUGGAAUAACGUCUAUCUUCGACAACAUGAUUCAACAAGGUCUAAUGUCAUCACGCAUUUUCAGUUUUUAUCUAAAUAGAGACACUUCAGCCGAUUUUGGUGGUGAAUUGACAUUAGGUGGUUCCAAUCCUACUUAUUACGAAGGGGAUUUUACAUAUGUUCCUGUUACUAACAAAGGAUACUGGCAAUUUAUCAUUGAUCGUAUCCAAGUAAAAUUUUUUACUUGGUGCAGAAAAGGCUGCCAAGCUAUCGUUGAUACAGGCAAUGAGUUAAUAGUUGGACCAAAAACGGAAGUUUCAAUUAUUAAUAAAUUUAUUAAAAUUGAUUCACAGGGAAAAGUGGACUGCGAUCAAAUUUUCCAUGCGCCUCGAGUCAGGUUUAAUUUGGGUGGCAAGACGUUCACUCUUACUGGUAAAGAUUACAUCAUACCGGAUCCAUGCAAUGAAAGGAUAUGUUUGAGCGUCUUUAGAGAAAACUGCGAAAAUGAUACUGAAAUAAAAUGGUUACUAGGUGUGCCAUUUAUUGGCCGUUACUACACGCAGUUUGAUAUGGAAAGAGACAGAAUAGGAUUUGCUUUGGCGAAAAAUGUAUCAUCAAAAUGUAUAGAAAACCUUUCAUUGUCACAUUUUAUUGCAUACUUUAUCAUCAAUGUUUUUUAUUAUUGGUGUAGUUUUCAAUAGGAAAAAAAUUUAACCUUUUUUAAUCGCCAACCGAUAAAAUUCGCAAACUAUCAAUGUGAAUUUCUGCGUAAUAUGUACAUAAUUGUGUCUUAAUUUUCAACAGCAAUACUUUAUCGUGAAAGCAGCUGAUAUGAGCUUAUUGCUAAUUAGAAUGUCAAUUUUUGCGAGCAGUGUCAUUUGCUAAGUUCAUUGUUCACGGCUGUCUAGUCGAUAUAAUCAAUCUAUUCUUUCGAAACGCUGAUUGUUCCUUUAUUAUCAUUCUUAAUCACGCGCACAUUUAAUAAUUUAUUUUAAUGCAAUUUGUUUUAAUUAUAAAACAAAAUAUUAAAUAAAAUAUUUUUAAAUUUAAUUGAUCGAUAGGACGAAAGUGGCGGAUCGAUAACACGGGUGUUUCGAAUGCGCGCGAUUGUAUAUAUAGCAGUCGCCAAACAUCGAUAAACGAUAGCUCCAGUAAUCGAAUACAAUUUAUUUUUUAUGUCUUUAUGUCAGUCACAACGUACGUAAAAAAAUUUGCCAGAAAUUUUGAAACAAUGUUUCGUUUUUCGUAGUGACUGAUCAAUACCGAAAUCCAAAACUAAAUUCAUACAUUGUAUUGUAUGUUUACGUUACGUAUCGACAUAACAAAUAUUGUUUUUAUAAAAAUCGAUCUACCUCGUCGAGACCACAUUCGACUUUAGGAAAUCCAAAAUCUAUGUAAAUGUGACUGCAUUCAUAAAACACCGUUAAAUCCUAAAUAAAAGGUUAUUCGUGUAGUGCGAUGAGCAAUAAAAGUUUUCGAUUUUAUAAUAAUAUUAUAAAAAUCAUUUUCUCUUUGCUCGAUUUAAU